UUUUCGAAGACUAUAAUGAAGAAUUUAAAUGAGGAAUCUGAACUGUUCGUUCAGAACAGUUUGAUAUACCAAUUGCUAUCCUGCUGUAUACCACUUGGUGAACUUGCUAAAAAUAAGGUGGAUAUAUUUAAAUGCCAAACGUGGGAAGAAAGGGUAAAUCUUGCAAUCGAAUCGGUUAAAAAACACGCUCCGCUCAAGGCGGACUAUCUAGGCUUGGUCUCCAACACCAUCUACAAGCGGAUGAAAUGUGUUGAUAAUUAUGUGCCUUCUUACAGAAAUUUAAGGUCAAAUGUAAAACUGUUCAAAGCAACUGCUUCCAUCAUUCAAGAUAUCGCGGAUGACUACGGAUUGUCAGCGUUCUUUGAGAAGUCCGUCGAGAUUCGGUUGUUCGAGGGAAAUCACGAGACGAUUUUAGAAAACGAGAAACUAGCUGAUGCUAUAAAUACUUCCAGUUUGAUGGCAAACUGACAUAUGUAGAAAUGUACUAGGUACUAGAGAAUAGUUUUUUUCUUGAAACAACGAAUAUUCGUUAUAUCAAAAUAAAUUUAUGUUUAACAUGAU